ACAAAUCAGCUGAUAACAGACAACAGUCAAAUCAAAUACUUAGCAUGCCUUGUAGGUUAUCUUUUCUUGUUUAUCUUUUAAACGUAAAUGUUUUCUUUUCUAUUCAAUAAUGAGUUGAGUUUUUAUUUGCUUGAUUGUUAAUAAUUGCCGUGUUUAACUUUUAAUAUUGCUUUAGCCCUGUUAAUUCUUUGUCUGAAGCUAAAUAGAGAUAGAAGUAAACCCAAUAACGUUCACUCGUUUGUCAUGAAUAUGAAAUGCAUUUUAUCUGUAGUUUCAAAAGCAGCUUUAGUAGGGUAAUACUCUGUUUUAAUCACUUCAGACUUCAUUUAGCUUUUUCACUAAGAAAAAUGUCAGAAGAAAAGGAUUUUCACUGUAAUAUUGGAGCUAUGCGGGCCAAGUAUCAUGAUGACAGUGAUACUUUUACUGAAAAGGAUUUGGCUGCCAAGGAUCCAGUCAAACAUUUCCAGAAGUGGUUGAAUGAAGCUGUAAAAUGCGAUAAAAUAAUGGAAGCCAAUGCUAUGUGCCUUGCUACUGCUAAUAGAAAUGGUAUGCCAUCAGCCAGAUAUGUUCUACUCAAGGGAUAUGGUUCAGACGGAUUUGAUUUUUUCACCAACUACAAUAGCAGGAAAGCCUGUGACUUGGAGGAGAAUCCUCAAGCCGCUCUCACAUUCUAUUGGGAAGCUUUGAAAAGACAAGUGAGAAUUGAAGGCAAAGUCGUCAAGUUACCCGAAGUGGAAUCAGAUGAGUACUUCUGUUCUCGGCCAAAAGUGAGUCAAGUCAGUGCUUCAGUGAGCAAGCAGAGUUCGCUGGUAGCGAGCAGGGAUGCUAUGCUCGAGGAAGUUGAAGAAUUUGUCAGAGAAGUUGAAAAUUCUGAUCUGAAACGUCCGAAGCAUUGGGGAGGCUAUCGUGUGAUACCAAGCAAUUACGAGUUCUGGCAAGGCCAAAGCAACAGACUCCAUGAUCGCAUCAGAUUCAGAAAACUCCAAGAAAAUGAGAUCAUCGACGAAAAUCUCACUCAUAAAGGUGAUGGUGACUGGGUUUAUGAAAGACUUUAUCCUUAAUGAAAAUAGUAAUUUUCAGCAGCCAUGCAGCUAAUGUCUUCCAUAUUUAUGUAGAAACUGUAGAUUUUGUGUAAAUGUUGCUAAGAAAUAACUUCGAUAUUGUUACUUGAAUGAUGUUUAAAGUAAUAACUAGUAUACUAUGAAAAUGAGCUAUACUGUAUAUUGUACCAUAUAUUUAAAUUGAUGUACCAUCCACCAUUCAUCAUUCUAUUAAUUUGUAUCAUUAUCGUAUGUUACGAUUUUGAUUGAUUUUAACUUGAUAUUUUGAGAAUUUUUUAAUAUACACUAUACACAGUCUUUUUUCUUUAGGGCUACUUUUAAUAUUAAUAAAAAAUAAAUCUCAGUACCCUUUUAAAUUUUUUUCACAAAAAAUAACAAUUAUUUUUUGUAAAAAAAAACAUUUAAAAGGGUACUGAUAUUUAUUUUUUAUUUAUACUAUACACAGUAUAUUUUAAAAUUAUACUUUAUUUACUGUGUCAGUUGAAAAUAACUGUAUUUUUUCACCACAUUAUUUCUAAGACCAAUUCACACAGAAGUAACGUAGCGGUGGCGUGGCGCUGACUUUAUCAACUCCCAUAUAAAAAUAUUAUGGUUCAAUGUAAACAGAAGUGGCAUGGCGAAACGGAGCUUAUAGGAGUGGCAUGAAACCGUGAAUAUGUCAUUAAUUCAGUGACUUGCGACCGCCAAGUCACUUCUGUGUGAACUGGGCCCGAUAUUUUAUUAUUAUUUGAUAUUGCAUACUUUUUUGCAACGCAUGCAUUUCAAGAAUUAAUGCUCGUUAUGUAUUGAAUGAAGUUUCAUUUUCCAAUCUGUAUGCAACUGUUUGAAAUUUAUUAUUUUUUUGUUUAAUGAAUUGUAUUCCAUCAAAAUCACUAGAAUAGGCCUAAUGUAAUGUAUCUGUAAUUAAUAACUUAUGAAAUAUUCUACGAUUACUAAUAGUGAAGUUCAACAGAGACCAGAAAUUCGUCUAUUGAGAGGCUUAGUCCAGGGCUGUAACGUUGUCACAUGCAUUGACACAGAGACUAAUUUCAAAACCAUCUAUAUUCUGUAUUUAUUCAUGAAAAUAUCAAAUUUUAGUUGUCACAUGCAUUGAAACAGAAUAAUUUAAUACCAUUCAGGCUAUAUUCUUCAUUUAGUUUUAAAAAUGGCGAAUUAUUAAUUGUUAAAUGUGAAUAACAAACUCUAAUGGCUAAUUAGUGGUACUUUUUAGAACUCAUGUACAAUAUAUUGACUCUCAUUCUUUCACUGCUUAAAGCAUUCACUAGCAUCAGACUCAAAUAUUUGCACUAGGGUUCUGGUACAUUUCUUUAUUUAAUUGUUUUUUUCAUUUAUCUUCUCUUCAGCAUUGUACAACUAGUGAAUUUCCUGUUAUGACAGCUUGUGGUGUCUCCAUGGUGUAAUAUCAAGUUGUAAUCUCUUCAUGAAUAAACGGACAAUUAUUUGUUAUUUCAAGAA